GUUUUUACAUUAUUUUUUUAGUAAAUAGAAUAUGAAAAAUCAAAUUUGAAUUAAAUGAUAGAAUAUUAUGUUUCUCCAAAACUUUGUAUUUUGUAAGUUGGUUGUCGUGGGAUAUCAAAUGAAAUAAUUUUUAAUUAUUUUUACGGUGUACUCAUAUUGUAUAGAAUAUUUUGUGUUAUAUUUUUGUUAUAGUAAAAAAAAAAUGGAUAGACUGAGAAGGAAUUUGUACAACGAAAGUUCAACAGAUUCUUCAGAUUUAAGUUCCUCAGACGACGAAGUUGGAAAUAAAGGUAGACCGGUUUUACGUUGUUGGGAUACGGCCUCAGAAGAAAGUGAUUAUAGGAACGAACGUAACUCAAAAACAGAAAAUAUUGUAUUAAAAUUAUUCAAUCGAGAAAGGACAGGAUAUUUAAAUGCAGAUAUUCGUAGUAAAUGCAACCAGAAAGCAUUUAGUAAAGUGCCAAAUAGAUUAAGUUUUUGUCUUAAAGAUAUUGUGCCGUACUGCUAUUUGCAAGGCCACAUGUUUAUGGGACUAACUGUUUGUGGACAAUUUCUAAUCAGUUAUAAAGUCUGCUAUGAUGAAAGUUUUUUAGUUAGCAAUUUAAAUUUUACUACUUUUUACAAAUAUACUUUAUAUUUUUGGAUAUAUCGUCCUCAUCAACCUCUUUCGAAAUACUUUAAAGUUGUGAUGUUUGAUGAUCAUGGCGUUGACAAUUUAAAAGCUGUAACAAUGUCGCAGUGGUAUUCAAAUCCUCGCAUAUUAGUGGUUCAUGGGGCAUCUGAAGCUGAAAAUGAAGAUUCCUAUAUUACUAUAGUUCGUGUUCCUAAACUUGGUUGUAUUGAUUGUAAGGACUUACGUGAAAGAGAAUUCAAUGAAGACGGAUAUUUUCGUUGUGACGCGUUGUGUAUUAAGUGCAACCUUACAAUACAUAGUAAAUAUUCUACAAGUGAAUCCGAUCCAAAAUUUAAUCCAUAUAUGAAUUUGAUUUGCCCAGAAAAGAUUUUGUUGGUUGCUAAUGGGUUUAUACAUGCGCUCAAUAUAGACUUGGAAAUUCCGAAAUCUACUCAACAGCAAUCUCACAUUAUUUCCAACCAAGGAACUAUAUCAUAUCAUCCGCAGCAAAUACAAUCCCAAAAUAUGUCUCCUUUUUUGCUUCAUCAAAAAGACUUUGCAAAUGCAGAUAGUACUUUGACGCAAAGUAGUAAUAAUUUAUGUCAAAUUUCCGAAAAAGUACACAAUUCCUUAUACACAGCAACCGCUGUUGCACAAGACUUAAACAGCACACCUUGUAGUAAUACAAAACCUUCUCAAACUAAAUCACGAACUGAAUCUGAACUUAGCUGUGAUAAUAAAAAUAAUAUUGUGGCCAGGAUUUUCGCUGAUUUUACUGAUAUUGAAAAUGAAACUAUGGCCGUUACUGAAAAGCAAUAUGAGUUAAGUAAUAAAAAGUCUGCGCAAAACUAUGAUGAACUAAUAUUUACAUGUGGUAUGAGUACUUCUAUAAUAAACAAUAAUUCUAUGAAUAGGCCGACAGCAACUACUUUGAAUGCUAAACAAAAUUCUAAUGCUAACUUGUCUACAACAAAGGUAAAUUUAUUGAAUCAUAGCGGCCGACGUAACCACAAAAUCGUCACCAAAUCAUUUCGGAAUGGUGUUACUACUAUAGAUCUUCAGGCAGCUUCUACCUCUACUGCGGCUAAUAAUGGUAGCAAUAAUUGUUCAGAUAAAGCUGAUUCAGCAUAUGAAUUUUCUGAAGACAAUGAAAAGUGUGAAAAAAUUGGAACAUUUCGUAAAAGAAGAUUAGCUGACAAAAAAUACGAAUUUUCUGAAGAUAACUCAGAAAACAUAAUUCCGUUUACCAAAACUAGAUUUCGAUCUAAAAACACGGUGGCUCCUUCUCGCGCCUCUAAAAUUCAUCAUCGACCAUUUACGCCUAGUCAUUAUCAUUCAACUGGUACUGGUACCGUAUAUUUAUCAACAUCAGCCUCGCAAUCAUUUGAAACAACCAGCCAUUUGCAUAGAGCUUCUCCAAGUCAGGGUUUUCGUUCACCUUGUGGCUCUCCUGUUGGAGCAGGAAGUGCUGGAUUGCCAAAUAGUUUAAAUAAUACCUCGAUCGCUAUAUCUUCCAACCGUUUAGUCAGAUCACCGGUUAAGGCAAAUCAAGGACUCUCUUUACACAAAUCUUCGCCGUCUCAUUCCCCAAAUAGUUCUCAAGCUUCCAUUCCCACUAAUUUAUGUUCGAAUAAUUCAACAAAAUCUAUAAGCACUUUAUCACCAGUGCAGAUAUCAGUUACAAAAAGAAGUAAUUUUGAGUUAGGGAACAUGUCUCCCACCAACAGACCAUUUUUGUCACCAUGUCGUGAAGAUAGCAAGGUAUUUGAAGUUCCUUUAGUUGGGACGGAUUUGGAAUUGUCGGAAAAACCAACAUGUGCUAAAAAACUUAGACGACAUUACGUUGAAGAAAACGAUGCUGUAUCUGUAAUUACCAGUGAAGAAGACGAUUGUAUUUCACCGGGUUAUCAUACUUCCUUGCCAAUGGAGGUUCACGGUUCAUGCUACUCUGAUAUGCAAAUGAUAUCUAAAAAUUCUUAUCAACAGUUAUGCUGUCCUAUAGUUAUAAUUACUCAACAUUCAUUUGAUUUAGAGACAUUCACAUAUUAUGCUAUUACAAACCUUUGCUCGAAAAAUAAUAAAACUUAUGAUGUUUUUUAUGAUUGGGCUUGUGAGAUUGUAAACGUUUGUCCGCACAGUAAUUCGGUCAUUUGUACUUUGAUGGCACAUUUUACAGCAAGAGACAAACAAGAAACAACAAAUCGCAACGCACCUUCAUCUAUAUCAAUAAAAAAUACCUUUCAACGUAAAAAGUAUGAAUGUCGUAUUUUAUUUUGUUGGAAUUUAGAAACAAGUAAUUGGGAAGUAUUAGAUUACGGACAAUUAAAUGAAAUAAACCUGCAACCGCAAAAGUUAUCAACAAAAACAAAUGCUGGAGGCUUAACAACUGUUGCAAAACAAUUAGCAGCAGAAAUUUCAGAAAAUUUAAUGAAAAAGCAUAAUUAUAAGUUUAAUUUAAGGGUUUUAGAUUCAAAUAUUGACAAAUCUAAAAAUAGUCUAGUCGAUCUAGAUAAUAUGAUUGAGUUUUAUCGUAAGAAACCGAAAUUUACAUUAGAGUCAUCAAUGUUUUUAAGCAAUUCGGAUGAUAGUGAUGAUACGACUAUUUUAGAUUAAAUACUUAUAAAAAAAUAGUAAUGCAUUUCAACUGAAAUAUUUAAUUAUAAAAUAUAAAUAUUAAAAUUAAAUAAAAAAGCUUAAGAUAGCUAUAAAUUAGCUAAAGCUAAUUUCUUAUUUCAAAAUUUUAAUUAUUUUAAACAAAAAUUCAAGAUUUUCUUACAUUUAAGAAAAUUUAGGCUUGAUUUUGUAAUGUGAGUCUAUUAGAAUCAAAUUUACUACAAUUUACUUGACUAUAAUUGAAUUAUGAUUUAAUUUUGAUUUAUUCAAAACAAUCCAGUCUGCAAUCUUCGAAUUAUGCAAAUCAUAGCAAGAACGUAACAAUAAUUGUAAAAUUUGGAAAAAAGUAUUUGUAAUUAAGCCAAAUAGUUUUGCAAGUAUUUUUAAUUAAAAAAAAAUUGGGGAAGAAUUGUCAAAUUAAAUUCAUUAAUGCUUCUCCAGUAACUUUUAUUUCAUUAUUCGAAUAAAUUUUUUAGAAAUAAUGUUUUUUUUUUAUUUUUAUUGAAGACUUAAAAAAUUGUAAAAAUUCUUUUUAAUUUAAUUAGUUAUUAUAUACAUAUGUACUUUAUGCAUAUAUGUACUAAGUGACCUUUUAUUUUUUAAGCAAAUAAUUCAUUACUUUUACUGCAAAAUAAAAAUACAAAAUCCAUUAUUUUUAUUCACUUAUAACUGGAAUAUAGUGGCUGAUAGAUUCUAAAAUAUAUUUCUAAGACUAGAUAGGAUUCUUGAUUCUAAUAGACAGAUAUGUAUAUUAAAAUACAUAAUUUCUUUCAUAAGUUUUUGGUAAAAAUUUUGAAUUUUAAUGAAAUCUUUGAGACUUUUUUUUAACGUUCUGCCUUAUCAAGUUUUUUA